AUGGUUGCUCCCCUCGAUUCGGACGGGGUGAACACGGGAAGAGGCUGGGAGUAUAUUGAUGUCCGGCAAGAUAACAUAGGGACAUCGACCUAUAAAAACUACUAUUAUUUUGAUACUUCUUUGCAAGAAGGGAUCAUUCUGGCCGAUCAUCAGACUCGCGGAGCAAAUGCGCUUCUCCCUUGGUCCGAAGUUGCCUUCCAGCAGUACAAGGCCUUCCCAGGCAGCGUUCUUGACAGACUGAGAUACAUAUACAGGGUUACCAUCUCCACAACGAGCACUACAGACAUCAUGGAGGAAGCAGUCCGCCGAGGGGAAUACCAGAAACAGUAUGAGGGGUGUGGCGGCACCUGGUACGGUUUUCGUCCUGGGAAUCCCCCCUCGGACUCUUUCCUCGCACUUCUGGGCUCCAAAAAUGGCCGCGGAGUUGCCCAUAUGCUCAUUGACCACUGCGCUGAAUUAGGCAAGAAAAGCAUUAGAGAAAUCCAGGUCAAUUUGGAUAUCUCGUCUAUGAAGUUUGUCCUGACAAGGUAA